AUGCAGGCUUCGGAAUCCAAGGAGGUCGACAAGAUUGCAGAGGUCACCGAGCAGCUCGCGGACACCGAGGGCAUCGAGACAGCCCAGGGAGUGCGGCAGGCGGCAGAGGCGCGCAUCAGAGCGCUGGACGCACAGGCCAAGCCGCUGUACGACGCCCUCGAGGCAGUGUCUGUGAAGGAGGCCGCCGGCGCCCGCGAGCACGCGGACAGGGGCAAGGCCCUGCAGCAGCGCGCCGGGAAGCUGGUCACCGAGAAGGCCGACCAUCUGCGCAAGGGCGCCAGCGCGUCAGAGGCCGCAAAGCGCAUCGCGCCGGCUGUGCGCGCGCUGCAGGACGCGCGCGCCGAGUGGGCCGCGGCGGGGGAGGCGCUGCUCGGCUGA